AUGUUCAAGAAAUCGCUCUUCGUAUGUCUUCAGGCCCUUUUAAUUCAGGGUUUUUCUGCACAAUGCUUGGGACCCUACAAUGGAUAUGCGGCUGAUGAUUUAGCUUGGGCAGCUGGUAAUCCUUUAGCCUGGGAGAAUGGCAUGAGCUGGGCUGCUCCUAAUCAACUUGCUCUGGAAUCGGCGGCAGCUUUAGGUGCAGCAGCUCCUUAUGCUUCUGCAGCAGGUCCCUACUAUUCCUCCCUUGCAUCACCUGCAUCUCUAAGUGCUUCUAAUGGAGGUGGUUUCGCUGUGACCAGUGCCUCGCCAAUAGCCGCUACUGGCGUGACUAUGACGUCUGAAAAUGUUUAUGAAGGACCUUUAUCUGUUGCUGGUACUAUGCCAUUCUUGGGUGCUGUUGCUUUAGAAGGAUCUUUGCCGACUGGUGGUGCUGGCGCUGUGUCUUAUGCUUGUGGUAAUGGAAACGUGGCUAUGAUCAAUGAGGAUUAUGCUGGUUAUAGCAUGGGUCCUCUCGGUUUUGAAGCUGGUGUUAAUGGUCCAGCUUAUGGCUUGAACGGUUUAGCUGGACCUAUUGUGGAAGCAGCUCUUCCUGGUGCAGCAUUCGCAGCUGGAACUCGUUUCGGUGGUUGCGGAUGUGGUGCUGCUUAUUAA